GUCAAGUGUGCCAACUGUCGUAAAAGCACAUGGAAGAAGGACAAAGAAGUGAAGGCGGACGCUAAUAAGUUAGUGUUGUUAUUUGUUCGCUAUGAUGUAAAUAUUUAUGUCGUAAAGAGACAUAUUUAAUUAUUUAUUUCAGGGUAGAACGUCUCAGUCUGCGAGAAUCUUUUCGUUACUUUGCUAGUCAGGACUAUAAAGCUGAGAAGCGUCACGUGCUAGUUAGCUUAGCUUGUUAGCUUAGCCUGUUAGCUGCUAACAAAGAAACGCGGACGUUAUCAACACUUCGCUAAGUAGAAAUCAAAUGUGAGUGUAAAGUGUUGUGAUUGUGUGAAAAUGUGCGAAAGAACGUGAGCAAAGUGUGAGGAGGAACUUUCCAAAAGAAAAGAGGAGGACAAUCAACUACUGGACGCUGUUUUCAAGAAACAUCAAGUUGUGUUACACAUAAAAGACGUCCAGCAGGUGUCAGCAGAGAGUCAUGAAGAGAUCCCCUCCAAGCAGCAGGAGUGGAGCUCCAGUGUGGGACAGAAGGAGCUACAGACCCCCUCCCACAUUAAAGAGGAAGAGGAGGAACUGUGGGAGCAGCUUCAAAGAUGUCCAGCAGCCCCCUCACAUAAAAAAGGAAGAGGAGGAUCCACAGCCCCCCCACAUUAAAGAGGAAGAGGAGGAAGUGUGGAUCAGUCAGGAGGGAGAGUGUCCUGUAGGGCAGGAGGAGGCUGAUGUCAGCAAGUUUCCACUGACUGUUGUCUCUGUGAAGACUGAAGAGCAUGAAGACAAACCACCUGAGUCCUCACAGCUUCAUCACAGUCCAAACCUCAAUGAAGAACAUCUACCUCAUGAGCAGGAGGUGGAACCACAGUACCCCCACAUACACAAGGAAGAAGAGGUACCACAUUCCCAACACAUCAAAGAGGGAGGAGGGGAGCCACAUCCCACCCACAUUAAAGAGGAACAUGAGACGCCACAGACCCAUAAUGUUAAACUGACCCUUCACAUUAAAGGGCAAGCGGAGGACCCACUGAUCUCACACAUCAAAAAUGCAGAGGAGGACCCACUGACCCCUCACUUUAAGGAGCAAGAGAACCCACUGAACCCUCACAUUAAAGAGGAAGAAGAGGACCAAGAGGCGCCGCACAUUAAAGAGGAAGAGGAGGAAGAGGGCAUCAGUCAGCCUAAAUGGUUGGAGGAGUUCCCAGUGACUGGUGUCCCUGUGAAGAGUGAAGAUGAUGAGGUGAAAGGUGAAAGUGAGGAGAGGGGAGGGGGGGAGCCUCCAAGCAGCAGCUCAACACAACACAUGACAACAGAAGCUGAUGGAGACCACUGUGGAGGAUCACAAGCAGACAAGCUCUUAGCUCCACUAUCAGAUAGUGAGGACACAACGUCACACUCUCCUGACACUGAUGAUGAAGACUCUAAAGAUGAUAAGACAUGUCACACUGACAACACUCACUUCAAAUGUUCUCACUGUCACAAAACCUUUCAAUACCAUUGUCGUCUGAAAAGACACAUGAGAACACACACUGGAGAAAAACCUUUUUCUUGUUCACUCUGUAGUAAAGGUUUUACACAAAGUCACAAUUUGAAAGUACACAUGAGAACACACACUGGUGAAAAAACAUUUUCUUGUUCAAUCUGUGGUAAAAGUUUUGCACAAAGUCAGGAUUUGAAAAAACACUGGAGAACACACACUGGAGAAAAACCUUUUUCUUGUUCAAUCUGUGGUAAAGGUUUUGCACAAAGUCAGGAUUUGAAAGUACACAUGAGAACACACACUGGUGAAAAAGCUUUUUCCUGUUCAACCUGUGGUAAAGGUUUUACACAAAGUCAGAAUUUGAAAGCACACAAGAGAACACACACUGGUGAAAAAUCGCAUUCCUGUUCAAUCUGCAACAGAAGCUUUGGUGACCAACCAACCCUUGUAGCACACAUGAGAACACACAGUGGUAAAACAACUUUUUCUUGUUCAAUAUGUGGUAAAGGUUUUACACAAAGUCAGGAUUUGAAAGUACACAUGAGAACACACACUGGUGAAAAACCUUUUUCUUGUUCAACCUGUGGUAAAAGUUUUACACAAAGUCAAAGUUUGAAAAGACACAUGAGAACACACACUGGUGAAAAAGCUUUUUCCUGUUCAACCUGUGGUAAAGGUUUUACACAAAGUCAAGAUGUGAAAGUACACAUGACAACACACACUGGUGAAAAAUCACAUUCCUGUUCAAUCUGCAACAGAAGCUUUGGUGAACGAUCAAGCCUUGUAGCACACAUGAGAAUACACCCGGGAGAGAAAGUGUUGAGUUCCAGUGUGUGUGGUGAAAGAUUGUCUUCUAAGUACCAGUGUAAGAAACACAAGUGUGCUGGUGAGAACAGCAGCAGCAAAUGAAACUGCAGGAUUUGAAAUAAACUGUCCAGACUUUCAUUUUGACUUUCUAACAACAUCAGUACAUAUAACAUCUUAUUGUUUGUGUAACAAUCUUUUUUAAUAUGCUUCUACAUUUAUAGAUGAGAUCGUUUGGAAUAUGGAAAUAUUACAUAUUUGUAUUUCUAAUUGUAAUAAUCCCAUAGAUUAUCACCUUUAUAUGAUAUACAGUACAUAUGUACUGGUUCACAUCUGAAACAUCUUCUGGACCACUGCAGGAAGCAUAUUAUUAUUUACUUUUUACAUAAUUUGAACAGUUGUCUUUUAUACAAUUUUGAAAUGUUAAGUUUUAUUAAUCAUUUGUUGGGUCUCUAUAAUCCAUUGUAUUAAUUAUCUUUAUUACUGUCUUUUGUAAUAUGAUGAUUGUGUUGUGAUUGUUUUAUAUGUAUGUCCCCAGACCUUUAUGCUAUAUAAAAAAAUAGAUGAAAUGGCUGAAUUGUUUGUGGAAGGAUGGUUUUGU